AUGACAAGCGCACAGGCUGAGAGAGCACAUUAAACAAGCAAGCCUGGACCACUUUCUCAGGUUUCAGAGGGAACAGUUGCUACUUUAAUAAGGAUGGCUGAAGAGUGUGCCUCACUCCCCAAAGACCCUGAAUGUUCUGGAACAUCCACAGCUGAGACCCCCACUGUUAAAGAUCUAGAACAGCUCCUGAAUACUGGGAGGUCUUCCUGUAACCAUGUUGAUGAAGUAUGGCCUAACCUUUUCUUAGGAGACCAUGUUACGGCACACAGCCGAUUUGGUUUAUGGAAAAUGGGCAUUAGCCAUGUUCUAAAUGCUGCACACGGCAAAAUAUUUUGCCACGAAUCCCAUGAUUUUUACGGCACAACGAUCGAAUACUAUGGUGUACCGGCCGAUGACCUUCCUGAUUUUGAUAUGACUCCAUAUUUUUACCCCGCGGCAGAAUUUAUACACAAAGCCUUGACCACACCAGGAGCUAAAAUCUUCGUGCACUGCGCAGUGGGGAUAAGCCGGUCGUCUUCGUUGGUGCUGGCGUAUCUCAUGAUUUACCAUCACUUCUCUUUGGUUAAAGCCAUUCAGGCAGUGAAAGAACAUCGGUGGAUUUUCCCCAAUCAAGGGUUUCUGAAGCAACUGAGAAAUUUGGACAUUCAGCUAAACAAAUGCAGCACUAAGCAAGAGAGCAAGGAAACAAAUGCCUGAUGAUCAGGAAAGCAGGUUAUUUUCAAGCUUCAGUGUCAUGGAAUGUUUUCAUUAAAGUGUGUUCUUCGUUAUCUUUUUCUAUCAUC